AUGAACGGAACAGUGAGGACAAUGAAAAAUCCAGCUCCGAAUCCUCGGAUUCGGAACCUGAAUGAUCAUACAGGAGGCGAUGAUGGCAGCAAGAAGAAGGUGUCGAGCUUCGAGUCUUCGGAUUCGGAGACUGAGACCAAAAAGCCCGAAGUGAAGACCAGAAGUAGUUCUUCUUCUUCUAGCAGUGAUGAGGAAAACAACGAUGGUAGGAACGGGAAGGAAGAAAAUAGCUCUGUACCAGUGACGGUUUCACAACUAAAUUUUAAGGACACGCAUAGUUCGUCCUCGUCUAGUAGUGAAUCGGAUAAAGAGAGUAAUAUUUCCCAAGAUGAAAUAACUGAGCUUAAAAUAACUCCUGUGGAGGCAGGUGCAGAAACAUUGGAUGCACCAUCUACUCCUAUUAUGACUCCAAGCAAAAGAAGAGAGGAUAUUACGUUUACUUCAGGGUGGAGAAAGGCUGUCAAACUUCUUGACUUGAUUCGAGCAGGUUUGGUGAGAGAAUCGACUGUCAAGAAACUGGAGUUUGGAGAAAAAGAAGAGAAGGACCUCGAAGAUGAACUGCAGCCGUUUCUAAGUGGGAGGGAUCCAAUAGCUGGACUCUUGGUUGAAGAAACGAACAAGAAGAUUUCGUUUUAUGAUGCGUGUAAAAAGGGGAUUAUACGAAGAGGUACGGCUGUUAGUCUACUAGAAGCACAAGCAGCAACUGGGAGUAUCAUUGAUCCCAACUCGGCGGAGAAAAUGUCGGUAAAAGAAGCCACAAAAUGUGGUUUGAUUGACAGGCAAUUUCAAGCUGUACUGGAAAGAGCAGAGCGAGCUGUUUUGGGGUACAAGAGUAGACUCUCCACUGAGCCCAUGUCUUUAUUCGACGCAAUGAAUCGUAAACUUGUUGUAGAAAGCCACGGUAUACGGCUCCUAGAAGCCCAAAUUGCGACCGGCGGAAUUAUCGACCCUUUUGCUAACCAUAGACUACCGGUAGAGGCCGCCUUUGAGCGCGGUUUGUUCGACAGGAGGUUGGAGCAAAUACUCGAGGACCCUUCAGAUGACACGAAGGGAUUCUUUGAUCCAAAUACAAACGAGAAUCUUACGUAUCUAGAACUCGUGGAACGCUGCGUCACGGACGAAGAAACUGGCUUGCCACUCCUACAACUUGUAAGCAAGGACAGGAAGAAAGAAUACUUGUCAAAAUAUCAACCCAAGUUUCUGUCCUAAGUUUUUAUACACAGAAAUUAUUAUAUAAUAAGGUGGGGGAAGACGGGACACUGUUAUCACAUAAUAUCCAAAUACCCUCAUAGUGUUUUAAAGAAUUAACAACGAACGAUGCGAAUCGUGAACACACGGUUUUAUAAUUCUUCCUAUGUUCUUUGUUUACUUCUAAAUGGGACGAAACACUGUUGACCCAUCUUCCCCCACCGACAAAUGGGUCAAGAAAUUAAAAUAGAAAAGUGUCCUAACUUCCCCCUACCCUACUAUAUUAUAUACCGCUGCUAAUGACAUGUUGCUGUGUACCUUGUGUUUACAUUGAGGCAGAAUCACCUGUCGUUUGGCUGUAUAGAAAUAUUCGUUUUGCUUUGCUUUUUUAUCUGUGUAAUUUUGGGGGCACAUAGGCCUAUAGGGACCAUAAAGAUACUUUUCGUCCAACAGUUUGUGUUGUCGUUCUUUGCCGCAAUUUUUUGCAUUUCUUUAUAAAUAAUUUCCGCUUUUUUCAUCUCAUGACGAAAUUAAAUAAAUAUAUAUAUAUUAACGGA